AAUAUUUUCCAGGAAGCGCCUGAAACAUCGCUUGUAAAGACUCUGUACUUUCUUAUUAAGGGGCAAACGUAAAGGAUCUGCAACACACUGUUAAGUCUUUUGCAACUGUUUCUUGGUAUUGUAAUCUUAAGCGUUACGUGACAGUUCUUAAAUUGGAUUAGCCCACAGUUAAGCCAGUGUAAAAUAAUGGAUGUAGCCUACUUCUUCCUUAGCUAGGCUGAUAGCUGGAACUUGGUGCUACUACGUUAACCUUUGGACUUCUCUGUUUUACUAACUUAAUGGUAGAAAUAUGCCUCAUCUGCUUAAUAACUCAUAAUUGGCGAGAAGCACCUCUGUGAUUCCUGUCGUUACAGACAUUCAGUAACUUUCCACAGUUCUCCAGUCAGUUCAAGGAGACGAAAUCUAGUUAACAUGGAAAGCCACAGCCAAAGGUUUGAGUCCAGCACAGGGCGAGACAGUAAACAUCAAAAGAAGAAAGCUUCUCACAACAGCACGUCCGGGUUUGAUGACGGAGACCGCAAACCAAAGUUUAACUUGGCCUUUAAAAACCUCACAGACGAUGUGCUGGACAGAUUUGCAAGUAUUCGAAUUCCUGGCAGCAAAAAGGAACGUCCACCCUUAACGCUACCGAAACAUAACUCCAAUGACUGGUCCACUGCUUCAGCAUCAACCCUCCAUCAUUUUGAGGAGUUCUCUUCAAAGAUCACCUCGGAAAAAGAGAUCUUGGCUCUGUUUGAAAAGAUGAUGGAGGACAUGAACUUGAAUGAGGACAAAAAGACUCCUUUGAGGGAAAAAGACCUCAAUACAAAGCGAGAAAUGGUCCUCCAGUAUAUUUUUGCAGCCUCCAAAGCAGGAAGCCUGAAGAAAAGCCAUCAGAUAUCUCCACAGGAAUUCCUCAGUGAGCUGAAGUCAGGAGUGAUGGACGAACGUCUGUUUGCCUGUCUGGACUCAUUGCGAGUGUCCCUGACAAGCAACCCUGUGAGUUGGGUGCAGAGCUUUGGGCAUGAGGGCCUUGGACUACUGCUGGACAUUUUGGAGAGGUUGCUUUUCAAGAAACAGCCGGAGAAGAUUGACAAAAAAAACCAACAUAAAAUUGUCCAGUGUCUCAAAGCCUUCAUGAACAAUAAGUAUGGCUUGGAUCGAAUUCUGGGGGAGGAGAAAAGCCUUGCCUUACUAGCAAGAGCCAUCGACCCCAGCCAGUCUGCCAUGAUGACCGAUGUUGUAAAGCUGUUAUCAGCCAUCUGCAUUGUUGGCGAAGAGAACACGUUGGAGAAGGUUCUUGAGGCCAUCACAACAGCAGGGGAGUGGCGAGCCAUUGAGCGGUUCAGUCCAGUUGUGCAGGGACUGCGAGAUCGCUCCAUUCAACUUCAAGUGGCAUGCAUGCAGCUCAUCAAUGCCCUAGUAACAUCUCCUGAUGAGCUGGACUUCAGGCUUCAUAUUAGAAAUGAGUUUAUGCGUUGUGGCCUCAAAGAGAUAUUGCCGCAACUAAUGACCAUCAGGAGUGAGGCUCUGGACAUUCAGCUGAAGGUUUUUGAAGAGCAUAAGGAAGAGGACAUGAUGGAAUUCUCUCAUAGAUUGGAAGACAUCAGGAGUGAAAUAGAUGAUGCGGGAGAUGUAUUCAGUAUUGUGUUGAGCAUGGUGAAGGACAGCAGUGCAGAGCCCUAUUUCCUCUCCAUCCUGCAGCACCUGAUGCUCAUUCGCAAUGAUCACUUGAUCAGGCCCCAAUACUUUAAAAUCAUUGAUGAAUGCAUUUCUCAAAUUGUGCUGCAUCGCAGUGGCACUGACCCCGACUUCAGUUACCGCAAGCGCCUAGAUGUGGACUUCAGCCACCUUUUGGAUGUGUGUGUGGACAAAGCUCGUGUUGAUGAGUAUGAACAACGAGCCUUAGAACUGGCACAGAAGUUUGAUGAAGAGUUUCUCAGCAGACAAGAGGCACAAGCUCAGCUGGCUAAGUGCGAAGAACAAAUCGCUGAACUCCAAGCAGAGUUACAGGCCUUCAGGUCCCAGUUUGGAUCAGUGCCUGCCGGUCUGACAUCCGCUAAGGCUGGAAUAUCAUCACCAUCGCCUGCAUUUGCAUCUGUACCACCAAGCUCUGGAUCUGAAUCAGGGGUGCCGUGUCCCCCUCCGCCUCCACCACCUCCUCCUCCACCUCCUCCUCCACCUGGAAUGCCUCCUCCACCUGGAAUGCCUCCUCCGUUUGGAGUCCCACCUCCACCUCCUCCAGCCUUUCCAGCCUGUUUUGGUUCCCCAACUCACCACACGCUGCCUUUUGGCCUCAAGGCAAAGAAGGAAUUCAAACCUGAGAGUUCAAUGAAGCGCCUCAACUGGUCGAAGAUUCGUCCACAGGAAAUGUCAGAAGGUUGUUUCUGGGUGAUGGCUGAUGAGGACAAGUAUGCCAAACCAGAACUCCUCAACAGAGUUGCUCUUACUUUUGGCUCACAGAGAACAGAUUGUGAGGAGAAUGUAGUCAAGGAGGAGCCACCUAAAAAGGAGGAAGAGGAUCUUGAGGAAAAGAAAUCCAUAAAGAAGAGGAUUAAAGAGCUCAAGGUGCUCGAUCCCAAGAUUGCACAGAAUCUCUCGAUCUUCUUGGGUUCCUACCGCAUGCCUUAUCAGGAAAUACGUCGCAUGAUCGUGGAGGUGGAUGAGGAUCAGCUCACUGAACCCAUGAUCCAGAACCUUGUAAAGCACCUCCCAGAGCAGGAACAGCUGAAUGCUUUGGCCAAGUACAAAAACGAGUACUCUAAUUUGUCAGAGCCUGAGCAGUUCGGGGUUGUGAUGAGCAGCAUGAAGCGACUCCGACCUCGGCUUAGCCACAUCCUUUUCCGACUCCAGUUUGAGGAGCAUGUAAACAACUUGCGACCAGAUAUCCUGGCAGUAAAUGCAGCAUGUGAAGAGGUCAGAAAGAGCCGCGCUUUUGGCCACCUGCUGGAACUGGUGCUCCUGCUUGGAAAUUAUAUGAAUGCAGGCUCUCGAAAUGCCCAGUCAUAUGGAUUUGACCUCAGCUCCCUUUGCAAGUUAAAGGACACAAAGUCUGCAGACCAGAAGACCACAUUACUGCACUUUUUAGCAGAAGUGUGUGAGGAACAGUUUCCUGAUGUGAUAACGUUUAUUGACGAGCUGGAGCACGUGGAUCGAGCAAGCAGAGUCUCAGCAGAGAAUCUGGAAAAGAGCCUCAGGCAGAUGGAGAGGCAGCUGCUGCAGCUCAAGAAAGACCUGGAGACUUUUUCCUCCACCGAUGACCCUAACGACAUGUUUCUCACCAAAAUGGCUAGCUUCAGCAAAGUGGCGCAGGAGCAGUAUGGAAAGCUGGCGAUCAUGCACAGCAAUAUGGAGACCAUGUAUCAGAACCUACUGGAGUACUUUGCUGUUGAUCCCAAGAAGACGUCUGUGGAGGAGUUGUUCACCGACCUCAGCAACUUCCGUUCCAUGUUCACACAAGCACUGAAGGAGAACUAUAGGCAGAGGGAGUUGGAAGAGAAGCAGAGGAGAGCAUGGGCCGCAAAGGAGAAGGCUGAGCGUGAAAAGCAGGAGAGACAGCAGAAGAAGAGGAGGUUACUGGAAGUCAGUGCAGAGAAUGAUGAGACAGGUGUGAUGGAUAGUUUGCUGGAAGCCCUGCAGUCUGGAGCUGCAUUCAGAGAGCGUAGGAAGAGAGCGCCAAGACCCAGAGAUAACUACCAGCAGACGAUCAGCCCCAGCUCCUUCCGCCAGGUUCUCAGACCCGUUAACUAUGAAAACAACAAGGCACCUUUGCAAAGGUCUCGCUCCCGGCAGAAUGUAAAUGCGAGCUCGGCGGCGUCAAAACCUCCCCCUGCCAGGGAGGUGCGCAAUGAAUCUGAAGGCUAUCCGUCUGUAGCCAGGGCCAAGGUGUCUACCUGUUCUGAAGUGGGCCAAAAGUACAAAAACACUCCGGGUGACAGCCGUGGGCUGGACAGGGAACGGGCGGCGGACAGAGAAGUGGUCAAGCUGGCUGAGAGAAAGCCAGAAAUGAAAGCGGAGAGUCCCGUCCUCCAGACGGCCGCCGACGCUAACGGAGAACCUGAUGUGGAGGCUCUACUGGCCAGACUCAGAGCAUUGUAAGAUUAAUUUCUUAUCACUGAAAGAAAAUGUUACAAUACAGCAAUAAAUAAAUAAAUGCUUUUUAUGUGAGCAUAAAACAUUAUCUCACAGGACCAACAUUUCUAAAUAGAGGAAGGAGUCGCCACACAGUUAGUACAAUGAAAGUAAUGAGUCUGAAUACUCGGAUUUUAAUCCUUCAUUACAUAACGGCAAUUAAAAACAUAAUUAUAUCCAAAAAGAUUUAGCAGAAUAUGAUCCUGAUAUGUGUACUGCCAACAUAGCUACAUAUCAACCAGACAAUUUCAGCUCUAUACUGAUAUGAUAAUAUCAAAUACAAAUAGUACAUUUACGCAAAGCUGUUGAAGCUGCAGCACAUCGUAGUAGAAAAUAGAUAGAAGUAAGCAGCUCUAUGUAUUCUAGAGAUUUGCAGUGUUACAGAAAACUUUCACAUUAGUGCUUUUUUAGAUUGUGCGUUAGAUGCUGGCUUUGUAUGUUAGCAGUUUAACACAAUAAAUUAUAUUUGUUAAUAAAAACAUUUACGCUUUUUUUUCUUCUGCAAUAUUUGUACUUUUACUCCUUUCUAAGAUUUUGAUAUGUUUUAUACUCCAAGAACCUUUAAAAGUGUAUAUAAUGAAAUAUAAUGGACAAAGAAUUAAGCCAUAAUUAUACUUUAAUGGUACUUAAAUCAAGAUUUCUGCACAAUCUUAAAAACGCCUCAAAGAACUGUAUUUUCUUUCAUAAUCAAAUGUUUCAUUUUCUAGAUUUUCUCCUUCCUUUUUUUCCCCAAAAAGGACAAAUAUCUAAAACUGCUAUAUACAUAGUGAUUUGUUUUAUUGCUAUUGUUUAUCUUAUGUUGAUUUAUAUUUAAAUAAAAUGCUUUGAUUUGAUACAUCUGUCCUUAAUCCUUUUUAUACAUCUGUAUUUGGGUUUUUGACCUGUUGACUGAAUAUAUACCCAUACAAAAUUUAAAUGCUGAGGUUUUUUUUAAUUUUUCACUACUUUUUAUUGACUCUAAAUCUUGGUUGAACCGAAUAAUGUUUCUUAUGCAGGUCAAAUGUGAGCAAAUCUUGUAUUUUUAUCAUUUUUACAAAAAGAUUGAAUGCCACACAGUUCCAUUUUUGUUUUCUAAUAUUUAAUCAAAUUUUCUGAGAUUUCCAAAAAGGUAUAAAAACAAAUAUAAGACAUGCAGAAAUUUAAGUCUAGAAAAGUAUAACAUUUUAAAAUGAAACAUUGUGUAGUUUUUCUAGUAAAUGUCAAUUUGUUUUUGUAUUUUGUCUCUGCACACUGAUUUUUCAUAAUUUUUGUGUGCCUCCCCUAAAUUUGCAGAAAAAGCCGAAGUAUUGUCUGAGCGCUGUUAAAGAUGCCGUUUAUCUUCAUUCUAACAUUCCUUCUGUCAUUACUCGUCAAAUACAUGUUUUUGUCUAUCUGUAUUCGCUUUUAUUGAAAUAUUUACAAUAAAAUUUAAGCAGUUUUCUUUU